UAGAGGUGUGUAGUGCAUUUUCUCUCUCUCUCUCGCCGAGAUGUCUGGUCGCGGAAAAGGAGGCAAAGGCUUGGGGAAAGGAGGCGCUAAGAGGCACCGCAAAGUCCUUCGCGACAACAUCCAGGGCAUUACCAAGCCGGCCAUCCGCCGUCUGGCUCGCCGCGGAGGCGUGAAGCGUAUUUCAGGCCUGAUCUACGAGGAGACUCGCGGCGUCCUGAAGGUCUUCCUGGAGAACGUGAUUCGCGACGCUGUCACCUAUACCGAGCACGCCAAGAGGAAGACGGUCACCGCCAUGGAUGUGGUGUACGCUUUGAAGCGCCAGGGCCGCACCCUCUACGGCUUCGGCGGUUAAAACCCUCGAACAUUUACUUCUAAACUUAACAACAAAAAAGGCCCUUUUAAGGGCCAAUCACAUUUUCCUUAAAAAAGCUGUUGGUUACGAUUUAAAUUUCAAAAGGAAAUUUCUUGGGUGUUAGAGGUGAAUUAUAAAGAUACUAA